UUUUUUUUGUUUUUUUUUUUUUGGCUAGGAGCCGCUGCCAUCCCAGCAGAAUUCAUUGCGUCAACAUUCAACUUGCUUGACGAACUAGGACCGUCGUUGAGCCGCGAGUUUCUAGUGUCCGUUUCAGCAACAUGUUCGACUCAAUUUCUCGCCCAUCGUCUGCCCAGCGUCUGGCUAAUCAGAUGCGACGGCUGGAUACGGGCCCGCAGCCGGAUUGCACAAUGGGGGAUUUAUCAGUGGGCGACGUCUUUAGUUCCCAGGUAGAUGCUGAGAUGGAAAUGGAAGUACCCCAGAAUGGCGACAAGCCACUCGCUGCUCCCCACAAUCAACAAAACGGCAUACCGACUCAAGGCCGGCCUGGUUUUCCCGCGACUGGAGCCCCUACCCCGCUGCUCCAUGGAAAAGCGACAGCCGGAAAGAAAAAGAAGAAGCACCUUCGUCGUAUGGCUGAUGUGGAAGUUGGCCACAGCACGCCGGCUUUGUCCACCGUCAGGGGAUUCACUCCCAUGCCCUCCGGUGAUGAAGAUUCUGACUUGUCUGCGGCUGGUUCUCGAACCAUGUCGCCGCAGCUCAAUGCCGUGCCUACUACGAACACGUCUGGUGGAAUUAGCGCCCUGAAGCUGCAGCUGGAUGCUCUGAACUUGUCUGAAAGCCACCUGCCACGAGUUGCUGAGCCCAAGGCCUUCAUUCUUUCAAGCAACGCCAGCGUUUCGUCUGACAGCGACCGGACCGAAGUUAUGACCAGCUAUGAGGUUCCUCUCGAAAAUGAUUUUAUCAGUAACGAAGCUGUUGCUGAAGAGGAGUCCGUUUUGUUUCCGAGUAGUAUCGAUAUACAAAAUGACUUGUGUCGGAAAAUGACUAGUCGAGACUUUGAACAGCUGAUGUGCCUCGGCAAAGGGACAUUUGGGACGGUUUUACUCGUACGCCACAGAGCUACCGGUCGACUCUAUGCUCAGAAGCAAUUCCGCAAGGCCUCUAUUACGGUACAUAAGAAGCUAGUAGAGCAGACUAAGACCGAACGUAUGAUUCUUGAGAGUGUUAAUCGUCAUCCAUUUGUUGUCAAGCUCUAUUAUGCCUUUCAAGACCAUGAGAAGCUGUACCUUAUUCUGGAAUAUGCCCAGGGUGGGGAGCUGUUCACCCACCUUGCAGCGGAGCGAAUGUUCAGUGAAGAUGUCGCGGCCUUUUACAUGGCCGAAAUGGUACUAGCUCUUGAACACUUACAUAAGACUGUUGGUGUCGUCUACCGUGACCUCAAGCCAGAAAAUUGCCUCCUGGAUUCCGAUGGCCAUCUUCUACUCACUGAUUUCGGAUUAAGCAAAGUCGCAGUUAGCGAAGAUGACAGGUGUAACUCAUCUCUAGGUACGAUCGAGUACAUGGCACCUGAGGUUAUCCAGGGCAAGCCGUACGGCAAAGCUUGCGACUGGUGGUCUCUCGGGGCUCUCGGGUAUGACUUGUUAACCGGCUCGCCGCCAUUCAAAGCCAACAACCAUGCCAAAAUCCAAGAAAAGAUUGUUCGACAGAAGUUGACGUUGCCCUAUUAUCUUGGACCGGAUGCGAAGGAUCUCCUUAUUCGGUUGCUCCGUAAGGAUCCGCACAAGCGAUUGGGCUAUCACAUGCCGAAGGACUUGGAGACAAUCAAGAAACAUCGCUUCUUCCGCAAGAUUGACUGGAAGGCGCUUGCACGGCGUGAACUCGAUGCGCCUAUCCAACCUGUCAUCACCGACCCGGCUCUGGCGGAGAAUUUCUCUGCUGAUUUCACGAGCAUCCCACUCAGUCCCGUUUCAAUGGACGAUGAUCGGAUCAGCGAUAUGUUGAAACAAGUCGGGCUGUCGUCUGAGUCUAAUGCUGGUGUCAACGAUGCAGACCCCUUCCGAGGGUUCAGCUUUGUUGCAUCCAGUAGCCUUCUAAACAGUGGGUUUGGCCUCGCGACAUGACUAUCACUGGUCCGCGAUUGCGAUAUAUCAGUGUUUUUGCACCUGCGAAUGAUCCCAGUUUGCUGUUUGCUAUUUUUGUUAAUUGAACUCCUUGUGCUAUUGCUAUUUUUUGACAGAUCUCGUCAUUUUCAGUAUUGUAGACUUGGCAACUAUUCAAGUUUGCCUCUAGACAAAAACAGACACACUACUGUGAAAUAUAUGGAGAACUAAGGUUCAAAGUAACGAAAAAGUCGGCAUGCCGUCCAGAAUGCAGGACCGGUUCGGCAGCUGCAAUAAUAAUUUUAUUAAAAUAG